AUGUGCAUUGAUUAUCGACAUCUGAAUAAGAUAACUAUUAAGAACAAGUAUUUGCUCCUAGGGAUUGACAAUUUGUUUGAUCAAUUGCAAGGCACUAAGUAUUUUUUGAAGAUUGAUCUCAGAUCUGGGUAUCAUCAGUUAAGAAUCAAGGGACAAGGUGUCCCGAAGACAGCCUUUCAGACUAGAUAUGGCUAUUACGAAUUUCUCAUUAUGUCUUUUAGCCUAACCAACGCACCAACGACUUUUACGGAUAUGAUGAAUCGAUUGCUUAAGACAUUUUUGGAUAUCUUUGUGAUUAUGUUCAUAGAUGAUAUUUUGGUGUAUUUGCGAUCAGAAGAGGAGCACAUAGACCAUUUGCAAAAGGUUUUAUGCACGCUCCGGGAUCACAAGUUGUACACCAUGUUUUCCAAGUACGAGUUCUGGCCGAACUCAAUGACUUUUCUUGGGCAUAUAGUAUUGGGUGAAGGUCUCAAAGUUGAUAGUCAAAUAGUUGAAGCAGUUAAGAAUUGGCCAAGGCCCAUAACUUCUACAGAGGUACGCAACUUUCUGGGCCUAGCUGGUUACUACCGAAGGUUUGUGGAGAAUCCAUAG